AUGUCUCGGUUUUCGUUGGCCGGCAGGACUGCGCUUGUCACCGGCGGAGCUCGUGGCUGCGGCCUGGCCAUGGCUGAAGGACUCGCCGAAGCAGGUGCGAACAUCGCAAUAUUCGACAUGAUCGAGCCAGAACCAGCAUUUUCAGAACUCGCGACGAAGUACAAGGUCAAAACAGUGUUCUAUAGAGUCGAUGUAACAUCGUCCGAGAGUCUGAGCGAUGGGUUUGCGGAGUUCGAACGAGAUUAUGGUGGUGCGCUCGACAUCUGCGUACCUUGUGCAGGAGUCAACAAGAAUGUCAAGCUCCUUGAUACGACUCCGGAAGACUUUGACAGACUGAUCAACGUCAAUAUCAAGGGUGCUUACUUCACCAUGCAACAUGCCGCUAACAUGAUGAUCAAAAACAACACAACUAAAGGGUCCAUCAUACUAGUGGCCUCGAUUGCAGCUUCCAGGGCAGUUCGAGGACAAUAUUCUUCGGCGUAUUGUGCAACCAAGGGAGCUGUCAGAGCGAUGUGCGCACCGGCUGCUGUGGAGCUCGCUGAGUACAGCAUUCGCGUCAACACGAUUUCGCCGGGAUAUAUCAAGACGGAGAUGACGGCGCCGUUCCCGCACCUGCUCGAGAGCUGGAAAUCGGAGGUCAUUAACAACAGGAUCGGCAUGCCGGACGACAUCAGAGGGGCGUGCAUCUUCUUGGCCAGUGACGCGAGCAGCUACAUGACUGGCAAUGACAUUGCAGUGGACGGGUGA